AUGGCGGACGAUAUCUCACGGGAAAACCGUGACCGGAUGGAGAUUGAGGCCGAGAAGGAACGGGUUGAAAAUCUCGAACACAUUGCCUCACCACAGCAAGAUGGCGUGGCUCAGAUGGAUCCAGCUCGCCGGAUAGUCGUCGAGAAGAAGCUCAAGCGGAAGCUUGAUGCUAGGUGCAGUCUUUUUGUCGCCAUCUACAUCAUGAACUACCUCGACAGGAACAAUCUAGGAGCUGCUCGUCUCAAGGGUCUGCAGGAAGAUCUCAAACUGAGCAAUACUGACUACUCUACAUGUCUGAGUAUCCUUUAUGUCGGCUACAUCAUCAUGCAAGUGCCUUCCAACAUGUUCAUCAACCGUAUCAGCCGGCCCUCGCUUUACAUUUCCGUCGCCAUGAUAUUGUGGGGCGUUAUCUCCACCUUGUCUGGAAGCACUAAGACCUUUGGGGACAUGGUGGCUGUCCGUUUCCUGCUGGGGUUCGUUGAGGCAGCGUUCCUGCCCGGUGCCUUGCUUAUCCUCUCCAAGUGGUACACCCGUCGGGAACUCACAACCCGGAACGCCAUCCUGUUCUGUGGUAACCUCAUCUCCAAUGCAUUCUCUGCACUGGUUGGUGCUGGUGUCCUAUCCAACAUGCAAGGUGUCAUGGGCCAUGCCGCGUGGCGCUGGCUCUUCUGGAUUGAAGGCUCAGUGACCAUGUUCCUCGCCAUCCUUGCCGCCUUCAUUUUGCCUGACCUGCCACAUAAUGCGCGUGGCUUCACCGAGGAAGAGCGCCAGGUUGCACAACUUCGCAUGCUCGAGGAUGUCGGCGAGGCUGACACCGAUGGUGAAGAGCUUGGGGCUCUUGGAGGCCUGAAAAUGGCGCUUGUGGACCCCAAAAUCUAUGUAAUGAUGUUCACCUUUGUGGCUUAUGUGGUGGGACUUUCUUUCAAUGCUUUCUUCCCUACCCUCACUGGUACGCUCGGAUUCGGAUAUGUCCCGACUCUUUUGAUGAGCGCGCCUCCCUGGGUCUUCUCCUGUAUCUUCUCUGUCAUUAAUGCAUGGCACGCGGACAAAACACAAGAAAAGGUCUGGCAUAUCAUCGGCCCGAUUGGUAUGGGAGCCGUCGGCUUCAUCAUCUGCAUGGCCACCAGCAACACCGCAGCUCGCUACGUCGCGCUUUUCCUGCAGGCUGGUUCCUACGCAGGAUUCAUCGUAUUCUACUCAUGGAUCAGUUCUUCAUUCCCCCGUCCUCCAGCCAAGCGAGCCGUCGCCAUUGCUAUGAUCAAUGCCUUCAGUCAAUUGGGCAACGUUGCUGGUUCAUAUGUCUGGGACUUGGAAGAUAAUGGAUAUCGCUCCAGCUAUGGAAUUGUGCUGGCCAUGUUCGGUGUCACAGUCGGCGGAUGCUGGUAUUUCCGCUCGAUGUUGGUCAGCUUGAACCACCAGCUCGAGGAGGGCGAGCUUGCCGAUGGUGCUAGAGGGGAUUCGACUGAGAAUGACAUCAUCGAUCACCCAGACGAGUCGCUACGUAUGCGCAAGGGCUUCAGGUAUCUCGUUUAG